UGUUUUAUGAAUUCAAUUUUACAAUGUCUUAGCCACUGUUGGCCUCUAAGAGACAGAAUGUUAUCUGGUGAUUCUCUUCAAUAUAAUAGACAAAGUAAAAUGAAAGGAAAGCUAAGUAUUGGUAAGUAUUGUUGUUUGUAUAGGCUACUUUAUUUCUUUUAAAAGAUGUCCCAGCUGAUCACCAUUUAGUUUUGUUACAACAUUUUUAUUAAAUUCCACACUUUAGUUCAUUUCAUUUCAUUUCUAGCCUUUGCAGAUUUAAUUAAAGCCAUGUGGUUGAGAAACAGGACGAGCACUGCAGUAUCUCCACACAGUUUCAAAAUGCAGAUUCAGAGGUUUUCUCCUCGAUUUGUGGGUUAUGAGUAA